CAGUGAUGCUGUUUGUGCCGCAUUCCCCGCACCGGAGCAGCGGGAAGAUGUACUUAGACCCACAGUGAGUGCGGGCGGGUGCGGAGCCAGGAAUGGCCGAGUCUCAAGCGGCGCCUCGGAAACGUAGUGAGGCUCAGGGCAGCGGGACUGGCGCGGCGGGAGAUGGGGAGUGUUUCUCGCUGGAGGAGAUAUUGGAUCUAUACAAGCAGCCGAUCAAUGAGGAGCAAGCUUGGGCUGUGUGCUACCAGUGCUGCGGGGCCCUGCUGGAGGGGAGGGGGGGUGGCAUUAAGGGAAGGAAGCUAACUGGAGCCGCCGAGAUUUGUAUUCGUAAGGAUGGAGCUGUCAUCACCAGGCAGGAGUCGGCGGCAGCAGAGUCGAUUGAUUGCAGGUUUACAGAAACAGAGGUUAUUGUGUCUCUUGGGAUCAUCAUUUACAAAGCGUUGGAUUAUGGCUUGAAGGAGAAUGAGGAAAGAGAGCUUAGCCCUCCUUUGGAGCUACUGAUUGACAACAUGACUAACACAGACAUAGCUGGAAAUAAUGAUGAAGGCUAUGAUGCACUGGAUGAAGAUGAGACCGACAGUGAAAGAGAAUCAGCAGGAUUCCGACACUCUUACAGAAAUGUAAUGAAGCUUUGUACUACUCAUUUGCCAACCCCAUCAGAAGCACCCAAUCACUACCAAGCAGUAUGCCGGGCCUUGUAUGCAGAGACUAUGGAGUUACACAUGUUCCUGACCAAAAUUAAAAGUGCAAAAGAGAGUUUAAAGAAGAUUCAAGAAAUGGAAAGAGAUACAACAGACAGAGCUUGCUCUGAUUUAGAUGAGCUGAAAAACGCAGACUGGGCUCGGUUUUGGGUGCAGGUCAUGCGGGAUCUAAGGAACGGUGUCAAGCUAAAGAAAGUGCAAGAGCGGCAGUACGACCUGUUACCAAUAGAGUUUGAGCUGACACCAUAUGAGAUGCUUAUGGAUGAUAUUCGAUCUAAACGAUACACCUUAAGGAAAGUCAUGGUUCAGGGUGACAUCCCACCCCGAUUAAAGAAAAGUGCUCAUGAAAUAAUCCUGGAUUUUAUACGAUCUAGACCUCCACUUAAUCCUGUAGCUGCUCGAAAGCUGAAACCCACCCCACCCCGUCCACGAAGCCUCCAUGAACAGAUCCUGGCAGAGAUCAAGUCAGAGCGAAAGCUGCGUCCUGUUUCCCCUGAUGAGAUUAGGCGCAGCAGAUUAGUAACGCGGCCUCUUAGCAUGUCUCACAGUUUUGACUUGUCAGAUGUAUCUACUCCUGAAGCAACAAGAAAAGUGUCUGACAAAACAGUUUUAAAUGGUGGGGUGACGCCUAAAGCCAAGGUCAAUGGGCACCCGAUGCAGGUGGCAGUACAGAGGAAGAAGCUCCUGAAGGCUCCAGCCUUGGCCGAGUUUGAGAGUUCAGAAUCAGAGGAGGACACAGUGCACAAAUCAACGAGCAGCAGUAGUGUGUCUACUUCCCAGCCAGAUGAUGUCUCCCCGGAAUCUGCAUCCAGCAGGAAAUCUCCCCCGAAAUUCCUACCCAUAUCUUCUACCCCUCAACCUGAGAGACGUCAAGCUCCUCAAAGACGCCACUCUAUUGAGAAGGAGACACCAACCAACGUACGUCAGUUCAUUCCUCCAUCACGACAGAGCUCGAGAUCCCUGGUCCCUAGGAUAACCCGUUUUUUUCAAAGGAUGCCAUUUCGACCAUUUUCCUCCAUACACACAGCUUCCCUGCUGGGCUCUCAUCUUUUUGAAGCAGCUGUAUUUGGGGCAGCAGGGGCUGUGUUUUAUCUGUUUGGGAAAGCUUAUUCCAGCAGGUGGAGACACCCCCAGGAGGAGUUCUGCUACCCGGUGGAAUGCCUGGCCCUCACAGUGGAGGAGGUCAUGCACAUACGGCAGGUGCUGGUUAAAGCUGAGUUGGAGAAGUUCCAGCAGUAUAAAGAUAUCUAUAAUGCCCUGAAGAAAGGAAAGCUUUGUUUGUGCUGUCGAACAAAAAGGUUUUCAUUAUUUACAUGGUCAUACACUUGCCAGUUUUGCAAAAGACCAGUGUGCUCACAAUGUUGCAAAAAGAUGAGAUUACCUUCUAAGCCAUAUUCAACACUUCCCAUCUUCUCCCUGGGUCCUUCAACCUUGCAGCGAGGGGACAGUUUCCUAAAGCCAGAGAAGCCAUCCACCAGUCACCAGCGGCCACUGAGAAGCUUCCCCAAGAUUCCUUCCAAGUCUAAGUCAGUGGAGAGACCAGAUGAGGAAUUUCAGUUUCCUAAAGAGCUCAUGGAAGACUGGAGCACCAUGGAGGUGUGUGUGGACUGUAAAAAGUUUAUCUCGGAAAUUAUCAGUUCUAGUCGGCGCAGUUUAACACUCGCUAACAAGAGGGCUCGCUUAAAACGGAAGACGCAAUCGUUCUACUUGUCCUCGACAGCAGCCUCGGAGUUUCGGCCCACUGAGAGAACAAUCAAUGAGAUUUGAGGACUUGUGCCUUUUAUUUUAUCUUUCCUUCUGAUUUGCUCCAGUCUACAUGACUAACCAGACUGUUGUUAUAUGGGUUCUGCAAAUACGGCACAAGUUUCUCUGCUCCUAAAACUUGCUAUGGUAGAGGCAACACUAUUUCCUAGAAACAGCGGCUGGUGAUUCCCUUGCACUGGAAGAAUGCAAUGAUCGCCUUUUUUGAAUGUGUCAUUUUGUAUGAUGACUUCAUUGCAUGAACAGAAGUUCUACUGGAGUCUGCUGAACAGAAAGUUGUACUAAAUCCAGGAGGAACACAAACUUUUCACUGUUACCUCAUUAAAUAGAGUGCAUUUCUCCUUCCCUGCUUAAAUGGAAAAAUUCUGACUUUUUUGGGGGUCAUUUAACAUUACUUGGAUUUCCUUUGGCCAAAACAGUGAAUUUAGAUCUUUGGAGAAUCCACAUUAGACCAGUUGUGUCCGUUACCUAUGUUUUUAUUAUAAGAAGUAGGGUGCUAUUUAUUUAAAUCCUACAAUAACUUUUAGAAUAACCUGGUACAGGAACCAUAGCACUUUUAUUAUCUCCCUCAGUGCCAAACAAAGUCUUCCCAAGCCAGACCUUGCUUCAUAUCUUCACACAUCUAUGCAUAUGGUUAUUUUGUCUCCCAGUAUGUUGCCUCAGUAGACUUAAAAAGACUAUGGAGAUAAAGUAGCAAGGGUCAGUAUGGUGGGUGAAUGACUGGCUGUAUCUUUGUUAGAGCUUAACCUGUUACAUUGCUGACAGUAAGUCUCCUACUUUUGUAAUUAAGCUUCUGAAAUCCAUGUCUGUCAUAUAGGAGAAUAUGCUAUCAUCAUGUUCCAUGUAAGAAUACAAACCUUCGACUUUGUACAUUUUUUUAAAGAUCCUGGAUGAGCGAUAGUAACUUUUUUACAUAAAGAGUGGGCUGUACAGGCCUGUACAAAAUUGUACAUAAAAAGGGUUCUUGGGUUUACUGUUAUGAACAUGUUGGUUUUGCUACAGACACAAAUAUUGUCCUGCAAAGAUACAUUCAGCAACUCCAGGUUCUGUAGUGGAGUUUAGGGGUGGACGUCAAACUUGCAGCUCUCUUUGGUUCAUAGUGGCUGCAGGUUUUACAUCCAUAAUAAAAAGCUUCCGAACUGUUCCAAACUGACAUCUCUUCAUGUAAAUAACUGUAUUAUAUUUAUUAAGAACUGGAAUGUGUUCCCAUUUGAACACUAGCUAUUAUUGUUAUUACCAAGGAGUUUAGGCACUGAAGAAAAAAUAUAUUUAUAUGUACAUUGUCUAUAAUAUUAUGUAAAGAGUUGAGCAUUCUGUUAGAUUUCUGCAAUGAAUAUGUGAUAUUUUGUCCCUUUUAUAUGUUGGAGCUGUAAGCAGAGCUCAUUUCUGAUCAUUUUAUUUAAGGCAUUUAUUUUUAUAGUUUCUCUUCUAAUUUGUGCAGUUUGUACAUCAGAUGUAUUUGCAAACUGGUGUUUUGUUUCUUUGUUCCCUAACUUUAAGGUUAUGAGAAAACAGCAGCCUAUUGCCUGGGACAGCCAAACAGAUAUAGAAUUAACAAGACAAAGCCAAGUGAGUUGGCCUUGCUGAAAAGCUUGGCCAUUGGCUGAUUCAAGAGGCCCUUAGGGCCCUGAAACUUCACCUCCUCUCUCGCAAGCAAUGAGGUGCCCAACAAUACCUGCUUUUUCACAUCAAUUAGAGUUGGCACAUGUAAAACACAUGAAAUGUGGUGAUCCCGGGUAAUCACUUAAGAAUUCCUACUUCCACAUUUCAUUUUUGGGCAAUUACCCAGGAUCACCUUAUGUAAUGUGUUUCAAACUAGGGGCAGGUAUUGCCAUGUGCCCGCGGGAAAGGAGAUUUUCUGCCUGUUGAUGAAGCACUCAGUGUGACUGGGCCCUUCCUCCAGGAAUAGGCAGUCUGCAGAAGUUCACCUGUUGAACUACCAGCAUGCCUCCACCUGCUUUAAGAGCAAUGUCAAACUGGGAUUUAUAGUUUCUUAACAGAUGAAGUGCCAAGUGGUUUCCUCUUCCUGCAUUACCCACUGCCCAGGCAAUAUCAUGCUAUGAGAAUUUUGUUUCAUUUUGGUACAUGUAUUAUUGAUUUGUAUUUUGUAAAAGAUCACAUCUGUUCAUGUUGUUUGAAAUGAUGACAUUAAUGCCUAACAGCAGUAUAUAGCAAUAGCUGUUUAUAAGGACCUUCAGAAGGUCCAGUAAUAAGGUCCAUUAAAAUGAACAGCAGCAAGGAAAGCAAAGGAAAUAAGCAAGCAACUGAGCACCCUAACUAAUAAAGAAAAACUCUCUACAUACAAAAAA